AUGACCUAAACCAGAUAAAAGAGACCAUCCAAAUAUAAUGUUAUUGACGACUAAAAACGAAAGGAAAUAGUGGAAAAGAUAUUUAAAGAGAAGAUGAAAAUUAGAGAAGUGGCUUAACUCUUUUAAAUUCCACUGUCAACAGUCAAAGCAGUAAAAUCAGUUUAUCUAAAGGAAGGAAGAGUUUAGAAGAAGGCUAAAAGGAAUCGUAAUAAAAAAGUGAUCACAACAAUUAUUGUUGCACUUUUUGACAAAAACAAGAUCCCCACAGAUGUGAAUGAGAUCUAAAAAUAUACCAAAGUGACCUUUGGCCAUGUAAAUCAAAAUGGGAAUGUGAAUGAGCAGUGCAUGAAAUAAGGAGUAGAUUUACUUAUGCAGAUGCUGACCUAAAUAAGAAAGAACUAACCCUCCAUUGGCAAACAUUCCGCUAUGCUAUCAAAGUUGCUGAUGAAUUAUAAAUAAUAAUGUGAAUCCUUUGAUUGAUCAAAACACUAAUAAA